GUGUGCACAAUGCACAAUGCGAACGAGAAGGCGCGAGCUGUUAUAUAGACCAGUAGCGAGUCAGGACUCCCGACUCACAGCAAGCUUCAGCAGCUAAGAAAGCUAGUGUGGAGAGAUGGCUAGGCCGGCUCUUGUCGUUUGCUGCUGCCUGCUGCUGGCGUACGGCGCGGCAGCGCGCGUUCUCGGCGAGGGCGAGCCUUUUGGCGGCGGCCUGAAGAAUGCUGCGCGUCAUCUCAGCGAUGGCGAUCCUUUCGGCAGCCGGAAAAACCCCGCCGACCCGCACCAUUCUCCAGGCUCACACGGGACUCCGCCCUGCUCGCCGUCCAUCGGCACCUCGCCGACCACACCCGGUGGUGGUGGCGGCGGCUACUACCCGCCUUCGCCCGACAUCGGCACUUCCCCGACCACACCGACAACUCCAGGCGGUUGCGGCGGGUACAAUGCUCCACCCUCACCGUCCAGUGACACCUCCCCAACCACGCCUGGUGGUGGUGGUGGUGGCUACUAUGGCCCUCCCUCGCCGUCCUCUGAUACCUCCCCGACGACGCCUGGAGGCGGCAGCGGCGGAUGCAGUGCUCCCCCUUCGCCGUCCAGUGACACCUCCCCAUCGACGCCUGGAGGAGGAGGUGGGUACUACGGGCCCCCUUCACCUUCCAGUGGCACCUCUCCAUCGACGCCUGGAGGUGGUGGUGGCUACUACGGCCCCCCCUCGCCGUCCUCUGGCACCUCCCCGACGACGCCUGGUGGUAGCGGCGGCGGAUGCAGUGCUCCUCCUUCGCCGUCCAGUGACACCUCCCCAUCGACGCCUGGAGGAGGUGCUGGGUACUGCGGGCCCCCUUCACCGUCCAGUGGCACCUCUCCAUCGACGCCUGGAGGUGGUGGCGGCUACUACGGCCCCCCCUCGCCGUCCUCUGACACCACGCCUGGCGGUGGUGGUGGCGGGUACAGUGCUCCCCCUUCACCGUCCAGUGACACCUCUCCAUCGACGCCUGGAGGUGGCGGCGGGUACUAUGGGCCCCCUUCGCCGUCUUCUGGCACCUCUCCGACCACGCCAUCGGCGCCUAGUGGCGGCUACUACGGCCCUCCAUCGCCGUCCAGUGACACUUCACCGACAACUCCCGGAGGCGGUGGCGGCUACUACGGCCCUCCCUCGCCGUCCAGUGACACUUCGCCGACCACUCCAGGCAGCGGUGGCGGCUACUACGGCCCUCCCUCGCCGUCCUCUGACACCUCCCCGGCCACUCCAGACGUGCCAUUACCGCCUAUCAGCACAUCGCCGCCGUUCUCUCCGCUGACGCCAACACCGACUACCCCGACGCCCUACGACCCCAACACGCCGCCCUUUACGGGCCCGUGCACGUACUGGAUCAUGCACCCGGGCGUGGUGUGGGGCCUGUUCGGCUUCUGGUGCCCGCUGGUGCGGCUGUUCGGGCCGAGCGCGGCGGUGCCGUUCGGGCACGACCUGACCGUGCCGGAGGCGCUGGCGAACACGCGCCAGGACGGCGUGGGCGCGCUCUUCCGCGAGGGCACGGCGUCGCUGCUCAACUCCAUGGUGAACAGCGGGUUCCCCUUCACGACGCAGGAGGUGAAGGACGCGUUCGGCGCCGCGCUUAGCUCUGGCGAUGACGGCGCCGCCGCGGCACAGGCGCAGCUCUUCAAGAAAGCAAACGAGGGACACGUCAAGCGCAACUAGGCGGCCGCCGGCCGCCGCCGUAUGUUAUGCACUGUGUGUCCGUUAGGCGUGCAAACUGCAGUGCAGCUAUAUAUGUGCGUGGCGACUAGCGAGCAUGGAGGGGUUGGUUAGGAUCUGCACGUACGUGUUUGCUGCUGCUGCUGAUGAUGGGGUUGAAGUUAUCAGUACCUCUUUGGCUUUAUCUUGUAUUAGGUGUGCAUGUGGUCUAAAGUUGAUGGGAGUAGGAUCUGUUGCUAAGUUGCCAUCUUUCCAUUUGUUUGCAGAAUGAGAGUAUGCAGGCUUCUUUGAGUCUUCCAGUUCCAUGGUUCCACCUGUCCCUUAAUUUUCUGAUGUACCCCCUAAACCAGUACUGCAGACAUAAUCAAGUGGAAACUGUAACCGAGGUUGAUUCAGUGAACUAGACUUCGUUUUGGCACAA